UCUUUUUUCCUCUUCUUCGCGGCGGUGGGUCGGAGCCGCUGUGUCCCCGGUCUGGCACGUUCCUAGCCAAAUUCUCCACGGUGUAAAAUUGGAUCCCCCCUUUUUUCACAAAACCAAAAAAUAUCCCCUCUUAAAUUCCCUGCAACCGUUUUUACGUUUCCGCUUCACACACGUCUCCAAAUCUCCACCAGAUAGCUCUGAAGAUGGCGGUGGUAAGCGGGAUGUCGGGGUCGGCUGUAGCCCGGCUGGAGGGCCGAGAAUUCGAGUAUCUGAUAAAGAAAAGGUCGGUCACCAUCGGCCGGAACUCCUCGCAGGGCUCCGUGGACGUCAGCAUGGGACACUCCAGCUUCAUCUCCCGGCGGCACCUCGAAAUAUUCACCGCCGGAGAAGAUGGCACAGGCACGGGGGAAUUCUAUCUCCGAUGCCUCGGAAAAAACGGGGUGUUUGUUGAUGGGGUGUUCCAGAGAAGAGGGGCUCCACCUCUUCAGCUUCCACGAAUGUGUUGUUUUAGGUUCCCUAGCACCAGUAUAAAGAUCACGUUCACAGCCCUGUCCAAUGACAAGAAGGAGCCAAGGAACGUGCCGGAAUCACCGGUCAAGCCCGUCCAACCCCAAAUUUCCCCCCUGACCAUCAACAUUCCUGACAACAUCGCCCACCUCAUGAGCCCGCUGCCUUCGCCUACCGGCACCAUCAGUGCGGCAAACUCCUGUCCAUCAAGUCCACGUGGGGCGGGACUUUCCAGCUACAGGACUGGUCGCGUUCUGGCCUCUGACCUAAUAGGAGACAACUCCCAAUCAGAAAACGACAAAGAAGCCUCAGGUGAAGACAGCCCAAAGGAUGACUCCAAACCUCCGUACUCAUAUGCACAACUAAUAGUCCAAGCUAUCACCAUGGCCCCGGAUAAACAGCUAACGCUCAAUGGAAUAUACACCCACAUCACCAAGAACUACCCCUACUACAGAACAGCUGAUAAAGGCUGGCAGAACUCGAUCCGCCACAACCUGUCCCUGAACCGGUACUUCAUCAAAGUGGCCCGCUCUCAGGAGGAGCCGGGCAAAGGCUCCUUCUGGAGGAUCGACCCCGCCUCCGAAGGCAAGCUGAUAGAACAAGCCUUCAGGAAGCGCAGGCCCAGGGGAGUGCCCUGCUUCAGGACCCCUGUGGGACCUCUCUCCUCCAGGAGCGCUCCAGCUUCUCCCAACCACACAGGGGCACUGUCUGCCCACUCCAGUGGGGUCCAGACCCCAGACAGCCUGUCUAGAGAGGGGUCCCCAGUCCCCAUGGAGCCAGAGCCAACCCCGCCGCCAGCCCCCAGCCAAACCACUACAGUCCAGCCCAAACUCGCAGUCAUCCAAGAGGCUCGCUUUGCACAGAACUCCUCUGGCUCCCCCCUCAACAACCAGCCAGUAUUGAUCGCCGUGCAGCGCCAGAUGCCUCAAACGACCAUGAAGCCUGUGACCUACACCAUGGCGACGCCAACCAUAGUAACGACAGCAGGUGGCUCCGCCCCCGUCAUGCAGACGGUGCACGUUGUCCACCAGAUCCCAGCCGUCACUAUGGCAACUGUUGCCGGACAGCCCGCCACUAAAGUGAGCACGGAACCUCAGGAGAACGGAGGCGGAGAGCACCAAGAGAUCAAAGUCAAAGUGGAGCCGGUCCCAUCCAUCACAGCCUCGUCUAUAGGUGGAGUCAGUCGCAUCAUCCAGAGCUCUCAGGCUGCUCCUCUGACGACGGUCACCAUCGUGCAACAAGCCCCGCUCGGCCAGCACCAGCUCCCAAUAAAGGCCAUCACACAGAACGGGACCCAUCUGGUCCCCAUCGGUACCGCUGCUAGCACAGCCGUCGCCAACCCUCUUCACCUCCUGGCGGCCCACGCCUCGGCCUCGGCGUCCCUCCCCACCAAGAGGCAGAACGGAGAACUGCAAGACCAACCCGAAUCAAAGAGGGUGAAAACGGAGGGGGAAGAGGGGGGUGACACAGCCAAAAACAACAACAACAACAACAACACCGCCAACAACAACGGCACCACGGACAGAGCCGGAGAGCCGGUCAGUGAACGGAUCGGUGACAAGUAGCCUCCCCACCCGGUCCGCCUCCUGACCCCCUGCUCUCCUGUACGCAUUGAGCCUCACCCCCUUCCUCACUCUCACCCCUCCAUACCCAGUUAUCAUCUACUCCAAGGUGCCAAAAAAAAGAGAAGAGACGCGGAAAACACCUGCGGGACUACAGAAUGUUCAAAACCUCUUCCCUAACCCCUCUCCCCCCACCCCCAAUUCUUCUUCCAUAUAUUUAAGACCACGAAAUAAGAUGCAAAAACUUAAAAAGACCAAAUUGAAAACGGAGUCAAAGAGUUGCUAACGACUGUGAAUCCCCAGAAGUUCGAGACCCAGACGGCAAGACGAAGCACAGGAAGAAAAAAAACCCACAUUUCCAGAUCAGAAAUGACUUAUCGGACAAGCGAGGAGUCCCGGCGCUCCCUUGGAAGACGGAAAGGAGCCUCAUCCUGGUAGCAUUACAGACAAGCGCUUAACUGUGUCGGGUAGAAAAAGCAACCAAGUGAAAUCACCAGUAGUGUAUUCCGCAAAGGGAAGCGUGUGUAUGUACGUGUGGACAUUCCCAUCUUCGGCAGCUAGCCUCCAUGUCGACCUACCUAACCCAGUCGUGAGUAGAUAUGCAGUAUUCUGUUGUACAAGUGUAUCUUUGGAUCUUUUUUGAGUGUUUCUCCGUUUCCCAAGGCACAGAUACUAUCUAGUAAUAAUUAAGAUAACUAAAAGCUAUAAGUGGGGUCUUUAAGAACAUUUAAACAUCACAACAUUUUGGGAAUCGUUUUUUUCUUUCCUUCCGUUGUUUUUGUACGUGGACUCUUUGUUCAGUGAAAUGAAUGUAGUCUCCUUUUUUCCUUUUUAAAGAAAACACUAUCUAUGGAGUGGAUGUUCGGUUUUUUUCUGCUCAUUCAUGCAAAUGAAAUUUCUUUAUCACUGCACAUCUACAGAUUUUUUCAUAUUUUACAAAUAUCCUAUGAGAUAAAAAAGUAUAUUCCCAUGCGUAUUUGACCAUAUGCUUUAUCGAGCUUGCAUGUUACGGAUCUAGAGACAAUGUACUUGAGCAGAUUAUCUGAAUAUGGAACUGAAGAAAAUUUAGACUGAAUCUACGCUAUAUGAUUCUGACCAGUGCUGCACUUAACCCUCUUAGUUGUUUUGUUUUGUUUUGUUUUUUUGUUUUCCUUUUGUAUUUUCAUUUGCUCUGUUUCUUUUCUCCCCCCUGUCAUCACGGGCUGUUUGUUACCUUUUGUGUUGAAGUUGGCAGUCUCUUUGCUUGAUUAAUUUUAUUCUGUUCAGGCUACUAAACAGUCUAUUCAGAUUGUAUUCUAUGUUACACGAGGAAAAACAAGUGAUAGGUGUUUGUUCUGCUUCAGUGGGUAAAUGCUUUUUUUUAUAAAUUUAUUUAAAACACAUAACCUCUUAGUUUGUAUUUCUUUGAGUAAAAGCCACAAACUCUGA